CACGCACGCAACUCCCGGCGGCCACCACGACGAUGGACCUCAUGAGUCUAAUCGUAGGGCGCAAUCAUGCAAUUAUGGAAGAGCGCUCGAAAUUGCGCACCAGGCGUCGUCAGCUUUUACAUACGAUAGAGAAGGAGCGCGAGAAUGCUGUGACAAAGCAGCGCGAGACAGAGGUGCGGUGGGCACAAUUCUGCGAGCAGCUGGUUGGCCUCGUGGCGGAGGAGCAUGCGGUGUCGGCGCAGCGGUUUGCAGCGGCAACGGAGAUAGCGAAAAUGGCGGCGUUGCGGGAGCUGAUAAGUCAUGACAAGGAAUUGUUUUGCCGGCGCCGUGAGGAAAUGCAAGAGGAGGUGGAGCGGCUUAAGGGAAAGCUGCAGGCGACACUGACGCAACAGGCCGAAUACGACGCACUGCAACAGAAGAUUGCCUUGGAGCAGACGGCUCUGGCGCAGCAGCAGCGCCAAUUGGCCAUUCAACAGAGUCGUUUGGGGAGACCCCCUGCUUCUGCUGCUGCUGAGGAGGAGGGGGAGACACGGUGCCCACCCGCAAAGCGGCCACCACGCUCGGAUCGCCCACUCUCGCCCGGGGAGGCCUCGCUGCGUCGCCCCGUUGAAACCCUCCAGGAGGUGACGGCCCGCGAUAAUAUUCCCGUCCUACGAGAAAAGCCACAAUGGCAGCAGCAGGGGAGGGAGGCAAGAAGAAACACACUACCCCCCAGCAUGGCACGCCAGAACACAGGGAGAAGUUUUAGUCACACUUCAGUGUUCACGGAGGGGAUAGGAGAAAAAGCAUCCGCUGUUUAG